UGAGACAAGCAAAUCGAAUAGCUAAGCAUCUAGUUUUAUAGUCAGUCCCCAAAUCUUUAAUUAUUGUCAACCUUAUAUUGAAACUAUUAUUAUCAAUAAAAUGCACUAAGUUUAUUUUUAUAAAAAAAAACAAAAAAAAAAAACUCUUCUCCCCAAAGAUAAAAUAACAAAACUCUUGUUUUGUGCUUGAACAAUUAUGAGUUUGAUGAUGAAGAAGAAGCUACAUCCCAGUUUCCUCUCCACCGACUCCAAAAUCCUUCAACUCUUAAAAAAUGGCGCUCUCUCUGAAUCAAUCCAUCUCCUCAACACUUGUCAACCAACAACCAUCUCUCUCAAACCAGUCAUCUACGCUUCUCUCCUUCAAACCUGCGUCAAAACCUCCUCAUUCCACCACGGCACUUCCUUCCAUGCCCACAUCAUCAAAUCUGGUCUCCACUCCGACCGCUUCGUCGGUAACAGUCUCCUCACUCUCUACUUCAAAUUAAACCCCGGCCCCCAUUUAUCUCAUGCCCGUCAGCUCUUCGAUUCACUCUCUUACAAAGAUGUUAUUUCAUGGACUUCUCUCAUUUCCGGUUACACUCGCUCCUGUCUACCACUCCAUUCACUCUCACUUUUUAAACAAAUGUUGGCUUUUCCAAUUCAGCCUAAUGCAUUCACUUUAUCUUCUGUUAUUAAAGCUUGUUCCCAGCUUAAUGAGUUAAACAUCGGCCGAUGUUUUCAUUCCAUGGUUAUAUUCCGUGGUUUUGAUUCGAACAUUGUUGUUUGUUGUGCUUUGAUUGACAUGUAUGGUUGGAAUCGAGCGGUCGAGGAUGCACGAAAGGUGUUCGAUGAAUUGCCUGAAAGAGAUGAUGUGUAUUGUUGGACUGCGGUUAUAUCCACUUUUACUCGGAAUGAUAUGUUUAAAGAGGCGUUGGAUUUGUUUUAUGUUAUGCAUAGGGUUCGUGGAUUGGUUCCUGAUGGUUUCACUUUUGGGACGGUGGUGACUGCUUGUGCUAAUUUAGGGUUGUUGAGGCAAGGUAAGGAGGUUCAUGCUAAGGUUGUUAGUUUAGGUUUUGGGGGGAAUGUUGUUGUUGAGAGUAGUUUAUUGGAUAUGUAUGGAAAAUGUGGGUCUGUUAGGCAUUCUAGGAUUUUGUUUGAUAGGUUGAGUGAUAAUAACAAUUUUGUGUCUUGGACUGCAAUGCUUGGUGUGUAUUGUCAGAAUAAGGAAUAUCAAAAUGUGCUUGAUCUUGUUAGGGAGAGAGGGGUUAUGGAUUUUUAUGCCUUUGGGAUUGUUCUUCGUGCGUGUUCGGGGUUGGCUAUGGUGAAUCAUGGGAAGGAGGUUCAUUGUAAGUAUGUGAGGAAAGGUGGAUGGAAAGAUGUUAUAAUUGAGUCUGCAUUGGUUGAUUUGUAUGCUAAAUGUGGUAUAGUUGAUUUUGCACAUAAGGUGUUUGCGAGUAUGGAGGUUAAGAAUUUGAUCACGUGGAACUCAAUGAUGAGUGGGUUUGCUCAGAAUGGUAGAGCGGUCGAGGCAUUGGCGAUGUUUGAGGAUAUGAUUAAGGAAGGGAUCAAGCCUGAUUCCAUCACUUUUGUUUCGGUUCUCUUUGCUUGCAGUCAUGCAGGUUUAAUUGAUGAAGGGAAAAGGUUGUUUGCUUUGAUGGGGGAAUUUGGUAUUAAGCCUUCCGUUGAACAUUAUAAUUGUAUGAUUGAUCUUUUGGGACGUGCUGAUUUUAUAGAAGAGGCUGGGUGUUGGUUGGAGAAUGCAGAUUGCAGAUACGAUAAAUCACUUUGGGCAGCUCUUCUUGGAGCUUGUACUAAGUCUUCCGACUAUAUAACUGCCGAACGCAUCGCAAAGAAGAUGAUUGAAUUGGAGCCCGACUUCCAUUUGAGUUAUGUUCUGCUUGGUAACAUUUACAAAGAAGUUGGGCGGUGGGACGAUGCCGUGGAGAUCAGGAAGUUGAUGGUAGAUAGAGGGGUUAAGAAGUUAACUGCUAAGAGCUGGAUUGAUAGUGAAAAUCGGAAUGGUUCUCAUGUGAACGUUUGUACGGAAAAAAGUAUUUCUAGCAUGCAGGAAGCUGUUUGAUGACAAAAAAAAAAGAGUAUGAGGAAUCUAGAAAUCUAUUUGCAUGUUGGAAAUAUACAGAAAAUCAAUGUGGCGUGAUGAUGAGGGAAUGGCGUGAGGUAGGGAGAGAGUAAUGGAGAGCUCAGGUGUUGAAAAUGUGAGUGACUUGGCACUUAAUACGAGCAUGCUAUUACCAAAACGCCCUUCUUAAUUUCUAUGCUAUAGUAAUUCUUUGAUAAGCCUAUGUGUGGGUUGUUACAAUAUUUUAAUUUUAUUAGUUUAAAAAAAAAUUCUUUAAUUAUAUAAAAA